AUAAAAGAAUUUUAGAAACUAAGUUGAAAAAAAAUCGUUAAAAUGUUAAAAACGAUUUUGAAAUGUGUGUCGCUACGUCCGUUACGUUUAUUAAACGCAGCAUGUUAUUCUGGACAAGCAACCGAUAGCAGCGUUGAAAAUUAUAAAACUGAAGCUGAAACACAUUUCGGGUUCGAAACUGUGAAGGAAACGGAAAAGUGGCGAAAGGUGCAUAAAGUAUUUGAAGAAGUGGCCUCUUCAUAUGAUCUUAUGAAUGAUGCAAUGUCACUUGGAAUUCAUAGAUUUUGGAAAGAUGUAUUCAUGGAGCGGCUCGCCCCAAUGGCAGGUGGUAAUAAGUUACUAGACAUGGCUGGAGGUACCGGGGAUAUUGCCUUUCGAUUUCUGAAGUAUCUGAAUAAUUCACCUGUGGAUACAGAAGAGGGAACCAAUCAUGUCACAGUGUCAGAUAUUAACCAAAAUAUGCUAAAUGUGGGAAUUCAGCGAUAUGACAGGCUCAAGUUUGACCGGCACAACUGCACUAUAGAUUGGGUUUGUGCCGAUGCUGAAGACCUUCCAUUUGACGAGAGCACUUAUACGGCCUAUACCAUUGCGUUUGGUAUAAGAAAUGUAACGCACAUAGACAAGGUGCUAUCGGAAGCUUAUCGUGUAUUACGGCCAGGAGGACGAUUUCUUUGUUUGGAAUUUAGUCAUGUGACAAACAAUUACCUGAGAUGGUUAUAUGAUCAAUACUCAUUUCAAAUUAUUCCUCCUAUGGGGCAUGUUCUGGCUAGUCAAUGGCAACCGUAUCAAUAUUUAGUUGAAAGUAUUCGAAAGUUUCCCAAUCAAGAGAAAUUCUCCGAGCUUAUAAAAGACGCAGGGUUUGAGUGUGUUGAGUACGAGAAUCUUACUGGUGGAAUAUGUGCCAUUCAUUCUGGGUUUAAAUUAUAAACAACCCUUUCUGAGCUAAAAAUAGUCGGUCCUAAUUUCCUGUAAGAGAGCAUUGUAAACUAAUAUCAUAAUCUAUACCUAUAAAAAAGGAUUUCUGUCUAUCUGUCCCUAUGUUCCUUUUAGAAUCGAAAACUACUGAACCGAUCGGCGUGAAAAUUUGCAUGUAGGGGUUUUUGGUGCCAGGGAAGGUUCUCUCGACCAGGGCUUCGACCGAUCCUUUUUUUCUACCGCAGUCACACCAACGCGCAUUCAAGUUCACACCGUCCGUUUAGAGGUGGAAUACGAACGCUAUGCAUAACACAACUGGCAGUUUGCGCAGUCAAACGCCGAUCGCACGCAGCAGAACGACCGCGCUCUAAAAUUUGUUGACAUUUUUGUUUCGAUCAAGUUGCCUUUACCGUUUGGAGCAGCGAAUGACUGCAAAACAGUCAAAUGAUUGGCAAUCACCACGCUAACGAAAAGCAACCGCACAAUCGUAUGAUUCAAUACUACAAAAAAACAACCACUACAUGU